AUGGAAUAAUCUUUUGGUAAAUACAAAGUAAAGCAGACGUUGAAUAGUGGAUCCUUUGGCACAGUUUUUUUAGCAGAAGAUGAAAAUGGCAAGUUGUUUGCGAUUAAAAGACUUCAAGACGACAACAAGUAGCUUUUAGAAACAGAAUUAACAGCUUUAAAAAGUAUUAAAGGAGAAAAUAUAGUUGAAAUGGUUGAAUUUUUCUAUGAUCAACAUACUCAAUUACCAUUGAUAGUUAUGGAGUAUUGCGAUUAGGGAGACCUUCGUGAUUACUAAUGUACUAAAAUGCAUUGUAUUUUCAAUGAAGAUGAAGCCCUCUCUAUUUUCGCUUAAAUAUUAUAGGGUUUCAAAAGUAUUCACGAAAAAGGUUUUAUUCAUCGUGAUUUGAAGGAAAGAAAUAUUCUGAUGAAAAAUAAUGUUGCAAAAAUAUCAGAUUUUGGAUUAGCGAAACAAUUAAGCUUUAACUAGUUGACUAAAUCUCGUUGUUGGACUCUACCUUAUGCAGCUCCUGAGAUUUUAUAAGGACUGUCAUACAACUAUAAGGUGGACAUAUGGUCAUUAGGAGUUAUUUUAUUUAGAAUGCUUUUCAAUAGUUUUCCAUUUGGAUGCUAUAGUAGCGAUGUAGUAUAACUUUAAGCUAUAAACUAAUGCUUCGUUAGUGAUGUAUUUACAAUUAGUAAGACAAAGAGAAAAUUUACUUAAGAUAUUUCAGUAGAGUGCGUUGGUAUAUUUAGAAAGAUUUUUGUUACAGACUGCGAUAAGCGUAUAGGUUUUAAAGAACUUUAUGAUGAACCAAUUCUUUAGAAGUAUUUAAAAAAUGAAAAGGAUCACAAAUCUUUUUACAAAAAUGACUUCGAUAAGAUCAUGGUACUUCAAAGCAGAUAUACCUCUUCAAAUCACAUUGGAGAUUAAGGAAAUGACGAAGAAGUUAGAUAAAAUAUGAUGAUGUCAGUAAACAAAUUGCAAUAAUUUGCUUCGAAGUUAGCAUAAAACAAAUAGUAACAAGUUGAUAAGAAAGAAGAAUAAUUUAAAAUCUACUUAGAAUGUUUGAAUUAGUAUUUCUUUUUAAUAGAAUCCUUGAAUUAUUUUGCAGAAGAUAUCGUCUUCUAACACUCUAUUUGUGAUGAACUCAAUGUAGGACUUUAGUUCUUUAUUACUAAAAAUAUCCUCUACUAUAUUAGAGGUUUAAGAGAUAUACUACAGUCGAAAGACAAUAUCUUUUAAAUCAAGAAUGUUGACUGGCCUUAGUAUGUGAGUUCCAAGACCUACAACAAUUUAAUUAACAAUGUCAAAAAUGAUGAAAAGAAAUGGUUUGCUCUUUUUAAGGACUAGUACGAAAAGAUAACCAACUUACCUAAUUAAAAGUUCUUCUAAAACAUAGCAGCAUAUAUUACUGAAGAAGUAGAUAAGUAUGAAAAUCUAGAAACCUAUCACAAUAAGUUACCAGAUUCAAUAAAAUUGCCUUUAAGAGCAGUAGUUAUGACUUGUUACAAAAAUAUAAGAACCAUAAUUGAUGAUAAAAUAGCCAAAAAGUAAAAAUUUGUUAAAUUUGAAAAAGAUAUCUACGGCCGCACCUUGGGAAGACUGAUUUUUAUUGCUGCUUGGAAUAGAAUUUAUAACAUAUCUCAUUCAUAGCAAGGUGCCCCACUUCUCCCCAAGAUAUCAAUAUUCAAAGGAUAGCAAUCUAAUUCUCCUAAAGAUAAGUCUGCUCCUUCAACACCAGCCUUUAAAGAUACUAACAAAAACAAAAAUGUUCCCUAAUAAUUUGAAUAUCUUUAUAUCUGGUUAAGUGAAGUUCAAUUUGAAGAAAUUGAGCCAGAAAUAAAUGGAAUUGUUAAUAAAUAUUUCCCAUUUGUUUUGGAAAAUGACUUUAACUUUUUAUGA